UUUUUCCACAGACGUCAGCCAAUUGGGAAUUAAUAAAUCUUCAAGCUUGCAUAGGCAAAUUUACUUGGAGAGAGUGUAAAAAUGGCAGCGGCAAGCAGCAUGAAGCUUUACGGUGGCCGCAAUAUGGGCUGCAUUGUGGAGCGCAUUGAGUGGAACAAUAAAAUGGAUCUCUUUGCCUACGGCACAGAGAAAGGAGAGGUGGUGAUCCAGCGGCUAAACUGGCAGAAGGUAGCAGCCUUCCCACCGCCCAUCGAAGGUGCCAAAGUGCGCUCGCUCAGCUGGCAAUGGGACGACACGCUGCUGGCCGUGGGCUACAGCAGUGGAAAGGUGGCCAUGGUGGAUGUCGACAGCGAGAGCCUGUUCUCGAGCCUAACCUACGACGACGACAUCAGGAAGGUCCACUUUAGCCGGACUAUCGACUGCCCGGAAACUCUGGAGGGCCACACCUUCAACUCCAAGGACAGGCACAAGCAAUUUCUGCCCAAGCCACGGCCGCUGCCCAGCAUUGACCCAUCACUGAGGACCGACGCUAAGUCCUUUCCCGAAGGUUUGCCCAGCUUCCUGAUCGUAGUCCUAUGCAGUGGGAAAUUUCAUCUGCUGCUUUUUGGCGCCCUGCAGGCGGGCAGCAUCGAUCUCACCCAGCACGUGCUGCACCCCGAACAGUUCGAGGUUUACGAUGUGCAACUGAACGGCGACUCGAAUGCCAUUUACGCCCUGGUGCGCGAUGGCCAGCAGCUGAAGUUGCUCCACUUCCCCAAUCAGGUGCUGCAGGACAGCAUGGCGCCCGUAAUGGGUGUGGCCAGGCUCUGCGCCCACAUACUGGAGACGAAAAACUACAUAAGCAACACCGAGCAUUGCCUGCUGGAGGCCCGGGAGGCUGUCCAGCUGGAAAUGCACAAUAAGCUGACGGCCUACGUCAGCUCGCAAGCGUACGGAAUCGCAGCCACAGACCUUCAGGAGCUGCACCUUUUUGGCUACACUUCUUUGGAGGUGGAGGAUUUCCUUACAAAGUCGGAGAAAGAUUUCAGGAAAAUGGCCAAGGGUGUGGAACUCAGCCUGAAGGACCUGCAGGGCCUGGUAUUCCGGCAGCUGAACGAAGCGGCCAUCAGGAUGUUCUACUUUCUGAACGCGAUGACCGGCCUGGGUCGCAUCUCCCAUUUCUAUGAGUCGCUCAUCGUGCCGGAGGUGGCCGUCGAGGCGAUGCGUGCGUGCGGAUCCUUUUAUCUGAAGGUGCACGAGCUGCAGCGGACCAUCGAUACCCUGGUUAACGAAAUGAAGCUCUUUCACAGCUGGCUGAUCUUCACCGUAAUGCGGCUGUCGCACCAGGAGAUACCCGACAAAAUCGUCCUCAGCGACGAGCAGAACUGUGCUCUGGCUGAGCUCCUUUUCACGUUGGCACCGAUGGAUGCAGAUGAUGGCAGUGAUGAUGAGGAGGAGGGGGCUGAAAGCGCCCCUUCACUGCCCACACGCAGCCUGUUCAAUCUGGAGCGCGUGGGUCAGUAUCUGGAGAAUGCCUUCCUGACGCAGCCGCAGCAGCAGUCCGUGGACCCCGACCAGCUGUGGGAACAGCUUGUAUCCGAGAACGACUUCAUGGACACGUCCAAUACAUUUGCGCCGCACGACACGAAGCUGUCACUGGUGCAGCAGCGCGAAAAGUUGUUCAAUGCCAUCGAUGGCGUCUUCCAGAGACCCACGGAGAGCAUCAGCACCAGCUUCAAGCUCAGCUCGACCAUUAUCUGCAGCGAGUUUUGCGCCAUGGAGCCAAGAAAGGAUCAGGACUUUGUGACGUGCAGCUAUUAUGUCCACGAAGCUGCCAGACGGGAUAUGUUCGCCCUCGCUAUCAGCUGGGAGGAGGCCCUGAUCCUGCAGUUCAGCCGGGCCGACAAUUGUUUCUUGCUCUGCUCAAGCAUCCACCUGAGGGCGGGCCCCUUCACCCCGGAGCUGCACAAGAACUACAACAAUCUGCGCUUCGUGGACCUGCAGUUCUACAACGAGUCCAUCCUAUCCAUACUGACCCAGAGCACGUCCCCCGCCAGGGAUGUGCGUCCCCACAGCUGCUUCAUUCAGCUAUUGCUAAGCGGGGUGACGAAUCAGUGCCCCCGGCACCAUUGGGCGACGCUCAUAAAUCUGACGGAUGCGACGGUAACUCGCAGCAUCCACGACAUCGCCGCCACGGACGCCUUCAAGUGUUUGGAUGGAGUGUGCGAUAUGCUCGCCGUCUCCGGCGGCCGCAGGUUGGUCACAGUUAUCUCCGACGGCCACCGCAAGAUGACAAUCUUCGAAACGGAAGUCCAGGCGACGGACGACACGGAGCUGACCGACGGAUCGUUUCUGCAGAUCAGCUCGGAUACCAAUUACCCUGAGCAGCUGGAUACUUAGACUUACAAUAAUUAGAUUAAAA